UUCCCGCAUUAUAGAAGGCACCCAGCACAAGUGCUUGAGAUCUCACGGCUGGGACCGCAGAUUUGUGUCUUUUUUUCCUGUUGUCGGACUCUUGUUGCACUACACGGUUUAGCAGUCGCUGUGGAUCUUUGAUAAGAAGAAGACGGACAGAGGAUCGCCAUCCGAGACGAGCUUUUUUCUUCUUUGCUGAUCGAAACUGAAAGGUAUACGUCGACUGAUAACUGUGCGAUUGACAUUUACUUGGGAAUGUGUGCUUCCUGCUGUGAACCGUAACAUUACGCUUUGCUGAACUUUUUUAAGCUGCCAAGAGCGAACUGCUUGUCCAGGCUAGAGUAAAGUUUGUCUGAGGACUUACUAUAAAUUAAAAAAAAAAAAACCUGAGACGAAACAAGCAAAAGUUUUGCCAUCUUAAUCCAGCUGUAAGUCGGUGUGACUCUACAGUUAGUGGGCACUUCCUUUGAAUGCCCGCUUAAAAAAAUAAUAAGGAAAGAAAGCAGCUCCAUUGUGGCACUGGUUGGAUUUCGCCGGCACCGCUAGCAUUUCCUUCCCAGAUACACUCGCCUGCAGCCAUCAGCAUCGCGGCUCUCUGUUAAGUCUCAUAUGUCUACAAAAAUGGAACAACUGUUUUAUCCUGACGACUCGUUUCUUUCUGCUUAUGGCCACCAUGCAGACGCUGCCAUCCCAGACUACAAGCUGCUGAAGCCUAAUAUGAGCCUGAACCUGGCCGAGCCGUACCGCACCCUCAAGUCGCAGCUGAGAGCCGACGCAGACGGUUUCUUCCCGACCACCCAGGACGUGGGCACCUUAAAGCUUGCCUCCCCUGAGCUGGAGCGGCUGAUCAUCCAGAACAGCAACGGGGUCAUCACCACGACGCCGACACCUGGCCAGUAUUUCUACGCGCGGGGCAUCACAGAGGAGCAGGAGGGGUUUGCUGACGGCUUCGUGAAAGCGCUGGAUGAGCUGCACAAGAUGAACCAGAUGCCCCCGCCCAACGUGUCGAUCGGCGCUGGCGGAGUCACCACAUGCGCAGUCGCCUCCAGCAGCUACGGCGCCUCGCUACAGCCAGAGACUCCCGUGUACACCAACCUGAGCAGCUACACCCCGAGCACCAGCCUCAGCUCGGCAUCCAGCUUUCCCACAACCACUAUCAACUACCUGCCUCAGCAUCACCAUCACCACCACCAUCACCCACAGCAGCAGCAUCAUUCCGCGGCGCUUCCCUUCCAACACACGCUGCACCCGCAGAGGCUUGUCACCCUCAAGGAAGAGCCACAGACCGUACCCGAACUGCAGAGCAGCGACGGCUCGCCGCCCAUGUCUCCCAUCGACAUGGAGAACCAGGAGCGCAUCAAGGCAGAGAGGAAGCGCCUGCGCAACCGCCUGGCCGCUACUAAGUGCAGGCGGAGAAAGCUGGAGCGCAUCGCUCGUCUCGAGGAGAAGGUCAAGAGCCUGAAAACGGACAAUGCUGGACUGUCCAGCACGGCUUCAGUGCUGAGGGAGCAGGUGGCGCAGCUGAAGCAGAAAGUCAUGACCCACGUCAGCAGCGGCUGCCAGCUCAUGCUCUCCUCCAAGAUGCAGGCUUACUGAGCCCCUCAAAAAGCCCAAGAAUUUGAACGGGAAACACUGGAGCUUAAAGACUGGGAAUCGAUGUUUUAAUUGUGUAAAACAUGACUAGGAAGAGACUUUCGCUUCUGCGUGCGCGGGAGCUGCUGGCUUCAAGAAAGAGUAGAAGAACAUUAUUGUAAUGUUGCUAAAGUGACUAUCCUUGUUGAGCCAUUUUCACAGUAUGUUUCAUUUUGCAAAUGAGCAAACGAGAAAAAGUGCGUUCUUCUGUGUACUGAAGUACGUGGACACGGUUCUAAAUAGUAAGAGUACGACUGGUACGUCUUGUAGAUAAAUUUGUAAGCAAGUGCUUUCAAGGGGACCAUUUUGUAAUGUAUGCGCGUGCGCAUGUUUUGGAACAAGGGAGAUUUCUAUCAAAUAUAUAUUGUCCUGUUAGCAGGCGAUAUUAAAUACUGAAAACACUUUAAAGGAUCAUGUGCAAAUGUUUAAUAUUGCAACCAUCCGACUCAUUUCAGUAAACCUAUUUUGUGGGUCAAGUUGUUUGUUUUCAAAUGCUGCAUUUUCAUGUUUUAAAUUAUUGUUUUCUCCAGGGUUGAGCCCUAGAUGAAAUGUUUUAUUUUCUCUGUUUACAUU